CAUCAGAGGAAACUGUUUCUCUUAUUACACACCAUGAAGCUCCCCUUUCUUUUUCUUUCCUUAUUAACAGCUCCACUGUGUGAGUAUCUACCAGGUAAAUGUGAAGAAUGAAAUGUAUUGGAAUUGUAUGUCGGUCAUUAACAAAAAUCCUUUGUCAUUGAUUUUAGAUGUUCGCUCCAGUGUUCAGCUCAUGGAAUCUGGGCCAAGAACAGCAACGCCUGGAGGAUCCUUCAGGCUAACCUGCACUAUUAGUGGUUAUUCUGUUAGCAGCAGCUUGUGGGACUGGAUCCGCCAAUCUCCAGGGAAAGGACUGGAAUGGCUUGGAGAAAUAGAUUGGGAUGGCUCUAAAUGGCGAAUAGACUAUGCCCCAUCUCUUCAAGGACGGAUCACACUCUCUGCAGAUGCCUCCAGCAAUGAGUAUUACCUUGAACUGAGGUCCCUGACAGCUGCAGACACAGCCACAUAUUACUGUGCCCGAAGACCACAGUGA